CCCGCUCUCAGAAGUGGGCAGCGCCUAGGGGUCGCCGGUUGUGGGGACGCGCCGGGCCGGGCAGCCGCGCCGCGGGGCUGCUCGUGCUGCGGCCCCGACCCUCCCGGGGCAGCAGCCCGAGGCCCCGGCGCGUCCCCUAACCAUGCUGGUAGCCACGCUUCUCUGCGCGCUGUGCUGCGGCCUCCUGGCCGCGUCCGUUCGUGCUGGCUACUCCGAGGACCGCUGCAGCUGGAGGGGCAGCGGUUUGACCCAGGAGCCUGGCAGUGUGGGGCAGCUGACCCUGGACUGUACUGCGGGCGCUAUCGAGUGGCUGUACCCAGCCGGGGCGCUGCGCCUGACCCUGGGCGGUCCCGAUCCCGGCACGCGGCCUAGCAUCGUCUGUCUGCGCCCAGGGCGGCCCUUCGCUGGUGCCCAGGUCUUCGCUGAACGGAUGGCCGGCAACCUAGAGUUGCUACUGGCGGAGGGCCCGGACCUGGCUGGGGUCCGCUGCGUGCGCUGGGGUCCCCGCGAGCGCCGAGCCCUUUUCCUGCAGGCCACACCACACCGCGACAUCAGUCGCAGAGUUGCUGCCUUCCGUUUUGAACUGCACGAGGACCAACGUGCAGAAAUGUCUCUCCAGGCCGGAGGUCUUGGUGUGGAUGGUGCCUGCAGGCCCUGCAGUGAGGCUGAGCUCCUUCUGGCUGCGUGCACCAGUGACUUCGUGAUCCAGGGGACCAUCCGUGGGGUCGCCCAUGACACGGAGCUGCAAGAAUCCAUCAUCGCUGUGGCGGACGCCCGCGUCAUUCGCCAGACGCUGCCGCUGUUCCAGGAACGGAGCUCGGAGGACCAGGGCCAGGCCUCCAUUCGUACCUUGUUGCGCUGUGGUGUGCGUCCUGGCCCGGGCUCCUUCCUCUUCAUGGGCUGGAGCCGAUUUGGUGAAGCUUGGCUGGGCUGCGCUCCCCGCUUCCAAGAAUUCAGCCGUGUCUAUUCAGCUGCUCUCUCGGCCCACCUCAACCCGUGUGAGGUGGCACUGGACUGAGAGACCUGGGAGCAAGCCCUGGAUGGACCUUCUUCUGGGAGUGGGGUGUU